AUGAUGGGACCUGUUGGUCUGAAAGGACCCAAUGCUACUGCGGCGUUUGCUCGUCAGCGGAUAGCCGCCAUGUCCCGCUCCACUCGAUCUAUCUCGACCUUCCGAUCCCAAUCGCUUCGCUUCCCUGCCAACCGGGGACAAUUAAAGACGGCAGUUUCCGGAAAUGCUCCCUGGCGCAUGGCACCAGCCGCUAUCGGCCCGGCCGCAGUUCGUUUCAACUCUACGUCCUCAACCCAACUGCCUACCGAGAUCGUCGAUAAGGCCACAAAUCCCGAAUGGUCAAACACAUCCGAACUAUUCGACAUUACCACUAUCCCUGAGCGCAUUGGGUACCUCAAGGAGCUUGGACUUGAUUACGGCUGGGGUCCUUCUUCCUUCAUUCAAUGGCUGAUCGAACACACACACAUGUGGACAGGCCUACCCUGGUGGGCUAGUAUCGUGGCUGCAGGUGUCAUCACCCGUCUUGCACUGCUGAAGCCAGUGAUGGAUGCCGCUGACAUGGGUGCCAAGAUGAGGAACAUCAAGGACAAAUCAGACCCAAUCCGCACGAGAAUGGUUAACGGAACUCGCGACGGUAACCAGCAAGACGCCCAGCUGGCAAGGGCUGAGCUAUCUGAUCUCCACAAGCGGGAGGGCAUUGUCGCCUGGAAAUCGUUCAUCCCCAUGCUGCAGAUUCCGUUGGGUUUCGGUACUUUCCGUGUCGUGCGAGGAAUGACUGAUUUGCCUGUACCCGGUGUGGCCUCUGAAACCGUCGCCUGGAUUAAUGACCUUACUCUUGCCGAUCCGACAUACAUCUUGCCAGUCAUGUCUGCCGCUAUGCUGAUGGCUGUUCUCAGGAAAGGUGGAGAGGCUGGCACCAUGCCUGUCUUGAACUCGCCUGCAGGAAAGGCCCUCAUCUACGGUCUUCCCUCCGUUUCUUUUGUUUUCAUGGCGUUCAUGCCUUCUGCCCUACAGCUUUACUUCGUCGCAACCGGUGCUUUUGGUCUUGGCCAAACAUACCUCAUUAACUCGGAUAAGUUUCGCCAAUGGAUGAAGAUGGAUAUAGUCCAGAAGACCGAACCUGGGCAGCCGCAAUUCUCUUCCCUCACAAAGAACACCCGCAGCGAGGGCCUUCGCCUCUUAAUGCAACGGAUUGAACAGGAGAAGCUUGCACGCGAGAAGAUUCUCGCGAAAGGACCCGGCCAGAAGGGUGGAGAAGCAGAACCCGCGGCAAAGGUUUCUUUCGUUGACCGCUUCAUGGCCAAUGCCAAAUCAGCGGGCAAGGAUAUGAAGAAGGAUCUCCAGGAGAAAUUGAGCACCGGUCCCACAAAGCAGACUGGCCGCCUCUCCGCCGAACAACAGAAGCGGGCGAUGGAAUACGAGACCCAGCGACGCGCCGAGGACGAUGCUAUCCGUGAGGAGCGUAACCAGGCUCGCCGAAGGGAGCAUAUGACGAAACUCCAAAAUGAGAUGACGAAGGCUAAAGGCUCAAAGCGCAAAUAA